AUGCAAAAGCCUAGUGGAACAGCUGCAUGCGCAUCAUGCAAACAUCAAAGGAAGAAGUGCACAGAAAAGUGCGUAUUAGCUCCUUAUUUCCCAGCUGAAAACAUUCGAGAAUUCAAGGCGGUACAUAAGGUGUUUGGGGUCAGUAACAUCGUAAAAAUAGUGAAAAAUCUAAAGGAAGAUGUUCGGAGAAGGGCUGUUGAAUCGCUCAUAUGGGAAGCGUUUUGCAGGCAAAAAGACCCGGUUUUAGGCCCGUAUGGAGAGUACAAAAGGGUUCAUGAGGAACUCAAGUUGUACAAAAGCCAAUAUCAACAAAUUCUACAAGUUCAUAGCCAAGGAAGUAAUAACAAUAUUAAUAAUAAUGGCAUGGUGUAUGAAGCAACAACACAAGGGUUGAUUAAUGGAUGGAAUAUUAAUACUAAGAGGAACGAUAAUUCGUCGUCAUUAUAUAUAAAUCAUGAUAAUUCAACAGUGGAAUCUGGGUCGUCUUAUAACAAUAAGAUUAUUAAUCCUUUACAUCAUGUCCAGAAUAUUGAAAAAUUAAGGACUGAAAGUAGUAAUGGUUCUAUAGUUAUUGUGCCUCAACAACAGGCCUAUAAUGAAUUCAACCAACAAUAUUUUCUUGCAGGUCAGUAUAAUCCAAUUGAUUCCAAGCCAGGGGAAAGUAUGCUGUGGGAAGACAACUCCUGA